AAUACACUUAGUGGAAAGGAUUUGGGUAGGAGUGUAUGGGAGCCACCACAAUUUAGAGAAUUAGAAGAGAGCACGAGUGUAUACACGAGGAUUGUAAUAAGGGGAGUGGGAUAAAAUACACAAACAGAGGAAAUGGGGUUUUAAUUCACUAUUAAUGUCACUAAGAAAUUCAGAUUUUUUCCCCCCAGGUAAAGAGGAAAUUUCAGGUAGAUGGAUUAUAAAGGAAGACGCUCAGCUGAGAGAUAUAAUGGAGGGGGUAAACUUAAGAACACUGAAGGAUUUGAAAAAGGAAGAGGGAAGGAUUUUCACUGGAAUAGAUAUAUGGAGAUAUAAUCAAUUAAAACAAUUCGUGGAGAAACUGACGAAGCCCCUUAGAACUAGGAAAGAGUGGAAUGAAUUUGAGAAAUACUUAGAAGACCGAGGUGACGGGAAACACAGCACUGCUAAAGCAUAUAAAGCUCUCACGGAUUUAGAUAGUAAGUUUAAAUUAAAGUAUAUAGAAAAAUGGGAAAAGGAUUUAGGAGUGGAGUGGGAAGAGCACACACAGAGGAAAAUAUAUAGAAUGGUACACGAAAAUAUUAGUAUGCGUGAAGUGGAAAUGAAUUUUAAAUGUUUGACAAGGUGGUAUGUUACACCGGUGAUAGAGCACAAGAUGAGGGAGGAGAAACAACCAUGGUGUUGGCGAGGAUGUGGAGGAUUGGGCACGAUGUAUCAUAUAUGGUGGGAAUGUCCAAAAAUACACAUAUAUUGGGAAAAAGUUAUAAAUCAAAUCACGAUUAUCACUGGAAUGGAGAUAGGAUUGGACCCCGAAAUCUGUCUUUUCCAUAAUUCAAUAUUAUCUGGAAAUAAAUAUAAAGAACUGGGUAUAUUGAGCUACCUAAAUGCAGCAAAAAGUCUGAUUCCUAAGUUUUGGCGUAAAGUUGAGGCACCGAGGGAAGAUGAUUGGAUGAAUAGAGUGGACCAGAUUGCUAGAUUGGAAAAACUCUUUUAUAUACAGGAAGAUAGGAUGGUGACAUAUCAUAUGAAAUGGGAGAAAUGGGAGGAGUUUAAAGUAAAGCUAAAGAAAGGUACUGAGUAA